GCGGCGCGCUCCUGGCGGGGACAGAGCGAGCAGAUCUCGCGUGCGCUCGCCGCCCGGCGCAGCCCAGCACGGCCCCCGCCCGGCGCCGCGAGCCGAGGUGUCUCCCGCGCCCGCGCCCGUGUCCCCGCCGUGCCCGCGAGCGGUAGCCGGAGUCGCCGCCGCCCGAGUGCAGCCGAGCGCACGCCGAGUCCGAUCGCCGCCGCCAUGGCCACCACGGUGACCUGCACCCGAUUCACCGACGAGUAUCAGCUCUACGAGGAUAUUGGCAAGGGGGCUUUCUCUGUGGUCCGACGCUGUGUCAAGCUCUGCACAGGCCAUGAGUAUGCAGCCAAGAUCAUCAACACCAAGAAGCUGUCGGCCAGAGAUCACCAGAAACUGGAGAGAGAGGCUCGGAUUUGCCGCCUGCUGAAGCAUUCAAACAUUGUUCGUCUCCAUGACAGCAUCUCUGAAGAGGGGUUCCACUACCUGGUUUUCGAUCUGGUCACUGGUGGGGAGCUCUUUGAAGACAUUGUGGCAAGAGAGUACUACAGUGAGGCUGAUGCCAGUCACUGCAUCCAGCAGAUCCUGGAGGCUGUUCUCCAUUGUCACCAAAUGGGGGUCGUCCACAGAGACCUCAAGCCUGAGAACCUGCUUCUGGCCAGCAAGUGCAAAGGGGCCGCGGUGAAGCUGGCAGACUUCGGCCUGGCCAUCGAGGUGCAGGGGGACCAGCAGGCAUGGUUUGGAUUUGCUGGCACGCCGGGCUACCUGUCCCCUGAGGUCCUUCGGAAGGAGGCAUAUGGCAAACCUGUGGACAUCUGGGCAUGUGGGGUGAUCCUGUACAUCCUGUUGGUGGGCUACCCGCCCUUCUGGGACGAGGACCAGCACAAGCUGUACCAGCAGAUCAAGGCUGGGGCCUAUGACUUCCCAUCCCCUGAAUGGGACACCGUUACUCCUGAAGCCAAAAACCUCAUCAACCAGAUGUUGACUAUCAACCCUGCCAAGCGCAUCACGGCCCAUGAGGCCCUGAAGCACCCAUGGGUCUGUCAACGCUCAACGGUGGCCUCUAUGAUGCACAGACAGGAGACUGUGGAAUGUCUGAAGAAGUUCAAUGCCAGGAGGAAGCUCAAGGGGGCCAUCCUCACCACUAUGCUGGCAACACGGAAUUUCUCAGUGGGCAGACAGACCACCGCUCCAGCCACAAUGUCCACCGCGGCCUCCGGCGCCACCAUGGGGCUGGUGGAACAAGCCAAGAGUUUACUCAACAAGAAGGCAGAUGGAGUCAAGCCCCAGACAAACAGCACCAAAAACAGCUCGGCCAUCACCAGCCCCAAAGGAUCGCUCCCUCCUGCUGCCCUGGAGCCUCAAACCACCGUUAUCCAUAACCCAGUGGACGGGAUUAAGGAGUCUUCCGACAGCACCAACACAACCAUAGAAGAUGAAGAUGCCAAAGCCCGGAAGCAGGAAAUCAUCAAGACCACAGAGCAGCUCAUCGAGGCUGUCAACAAUGGCGACUUUGAGGCCUAUGCGAAAAUCUGUGACCCAGGCCUGACCUCAUUUGAGCCCGAAGCUCUGGGCAACCUGGUCGAAGGGAUGGAUUUCCACAGAUUCUACUUCGAGAACCUGCUGGCCAAGAACAGCAAGCCGAUCCACACGACCAUCCUGAACCCACACGUGCACGUCAUUGGUGAGGACGCAGCCUGCAUCGCCUACAUCCGCCUCACGCAGUAUAUAGACGGGCAGGGCCGGCCCCGCACCAGCCAGUCCGAAGAGACCCGCGUGUGGCACCGCCGAGAUGGCAAGUGGCAGAAUGUACACUUCCACUGCUCGGGAGCGCCGGUGGCCCCACUGCAGUGAGAGCUGCGCCUGGUUUCACCGGACAGAGUUGGUGUUUGGAGCCCAGCCGCCCUUGGGCGCACGGCCUGCCUGUCGCAUGUUUGUGUCUGCCUCGUCCCCUCCCCUGGUGCCUGUGUCUGCAGAAAAACAAGACCAGAUGUGAUUUGUUUUUAAAAAUAAGAUGACAACGACAACCACACAUAAAAAAAUUGACAUCGGAUGAAAUAGGAAAAAAAAUAACUAAAGAAAGGAAAAAGCUGUAAAAAAUCUGGCAUUUGUGGGGCCAUUCCCCCCACCCAAGCUCCACAAUGUGUCCGUUGCGCUCCUGGCUUUUUGGGGACCCUCAGGGCGUAAACGUGCCCAUGCUGACCGUGUUAGUCUGUAGGUAUUGCACUCACCCCACACCUUGGGCGUCUGCAUCCUCCCUCCCACGCAUGGGCCCUGUGUGUGUGCUAACCUGGCUGUUGUGAUGUCAGGUGUCUUGGGGAGGGCUGGGGGCUGCCUCCUUUCCCGCUAGUUGUGCCUGAAAGUGCUGCUGUUUCUGCUUUCCCCUCCUUUCCCUCAUCCUGUGAAGGGCUAGGUGGGGGCUCCUCUAGCCAAGGACCUACCAUCUGGCAUCAGCGGCCCUUUGCCCCAUGGAGUGUGUAGGAGAAGCCUGCCCUCAUGCCCAUCAGAGAAGCACAUGGGCUCUCAGCUCUGGUUCUUUGGGGGAUUGAGGUAUGGAGGUACACAACUUGCUUCCAGGCCUCAUGCCUGGUAAGAGUUGGCUAAGAAGACAUGUUGGCAGCAGUUCCCACCUAUCUAGCCAUGAAGAGAGGACUGGGCCAGAGGCUGGCCUCCUUCCUAUUUGGGGCACUUGUCUCUUCCCUGCCAUCCAGCAGCAGAGCAACAGUGGCCCUCCACCAGCUGGGUAGAUCCUCAUUGUGCAGUUGAGCAGACCCUACCAAGGACUGUGGGCCUCAAAUCCUCAACAGAUGCUGGGAGCAAGCCAGGCUGCAUCUUGGGUUGUCUGCCUGCAGCGUGGAGGCUGGGAGCUGGAGACUUGGUUGAGAGACGCAGAAAGUGGCAAAGAGGGGCCAGAAGUGGCAAAGGGGCCGGAAGAUGGGUUUUAGGCUCCUGGGCUGACAGGGUCCACGAAGAUAUUUGCUGAAGUAGGAGUGCUUUCAUAACCUGGGCCUAGGGUAGAAGCCAGGGUAGGAGCCAGCCAGGAGCACACGGAAGGCUGAGUGGUUGGGCUGUAUUAUGUGAGGCCCUGCCAGGUGGGCCAGGGAUACAGCCUAGAGAGAGAAGGCAGGCUGGGGGCAGAGAUAUGUGGGUUGGGGCCUGAGUACCAGUGGAUGGAGGGGAGGGUGCAUCGGGACAAUGUGCCACCUCCAGGGCCCAGUGGUGCUCCCAGGUGCCGGCUGCCUGGGCUCACUGUGGGUGGCCUUGGUCCUUGGUGUUAGAGGGAACUAUGGUGAGGUUGGGAACAGUGCAAAGGCAGUUGGGCCAGGAAAACAGGUAUGAAGCCGGGUUGGGUGGGGGUGGUUAGGAGCCUUGAUUGCAGAGGUCCAGGGGCCUCCACCCCAGUGCUGCCCACUUUAAAUAUAUGUCAUUUUCAACUAGGAUUUUCUUUAUCUUCUACAAAUCAAGCCAAGGGAGGGGCACAAAGUGGGGAACAGGACACAGGAUCCUAAACUCCAAGGGGACUGUCUACCUACAGACACUCAGUGGAUGCCACUUUUCAUCCACACUGUGCCCAGGACAGCUAUCCCCUAUCCAUGGACACAGGGUAAACAUCUGCCAGGCUCCAUGUGAGUGGCUCCAGGCCACGGGACAGUGGCAGGGCUUGCCACGGACAGUGUGAGGCCCUGUGGCCAACCACCCUGGCAUCCUGGAGUCUCCUCCUCUCCUCUCCCACUCCCUUAUCUCCACAGAGCUGCCUGUCUGGGAUAAUUUGGGGAUUGUUUUUUUUUUUUUUUCCCCUGGGGGAUAAUUCUUUUGCAUGACCCUCUCUAAAGAGCAGGCCGCUCCUGCUCUGCUAGCUAGGUGUUUGCGGGUGGUGGCGUUGGCCGCUGGCCAGCACUGCAGCAUGUUACUGCCUGCAGUGCUGGCGGCCCUCCCUCUUCUCUCUUUUUGCUGAGUUUCAUUGUCUUUUCUUUCUGAGCCUUGUAGGUGUACAAAAAUUAUUAUUUUGUUCUGUCUCGGGAAACUGCAAAUAAAAAAAAAAAAA